CAUCCCGUUACCCUGCGUGCUGACGUCACUUUCAGACGCUCUUGCGCUUGUGCACUGCAGUUCAGACAGAGUUCGGACAGCGGCCAGAUCUGAUCUCAUCUGAUCAUCAAAUACCUCAAGCUCUCGCCAUGGGAAACUGCCAACCAACCGUUUUUCCUUAUGAAGACUUUGAUGUAGUUGCCGACAUAAAGGCCAUCCGCAAAGCCUGCAAAGGUUUAGGAACUGAUGAGCAAGCCAUCAUAGACAUCCUAGCCAAUCGAAGUGCAGCUCAGCGACUGGAGAUCAAACACGCAUACUUUGAGAAAUAUGAUGACGAAUUGGUGGAGGUUUUGAAGAGUGAGCUGUCUGGUAACUUUGAGAAGGCCAUUAUUGCCAUGUUGGAUCCUCCUCAUGUGUUUGCUGUUAAAGAGCUUAGGAAGGCCAUGAAGGGCGCUGGCACAGACGAAGAUGUCCUGGUGGAGAUUCUGUGCACUGCUACCAAUGCUGAAAUUGCCACUUACAGAGAAACCUACACCCAUGUGCAUGAAAGGGAUUUGGAGGCAGACAUUGAAGGAGACACCAGUGGGGAUGUUAGGAGACUACUUACAUUGCUUCUUCAGGGUAACAGAGACGAGAGCUACGAGGUGGACGACGCACUGGCAGAGCAAGAUGCCGUCUCACUGUUUGAAGCUGGAGAGGGCUGCUUUGGCACAGAUGAGUCAACUUUCAGCUUCAUUCUGGCCACAAGGAACUACUUACAACUGCAGGCCACAUUCAAAGCUUAUGAAGCCCUUUCUGGAACAGAGAUUUUAGAUGCAAUCGAUAAGGAAACCUCUGGAACUCUGAAGGACUGCUACAUUACUCUUGUGAGGUGUGCUAAGAACCCCCAGCUAUACUUUGCCCGGAAGCUGAAUGCUGCUAUGAAAGGAGCCGGGACUGAUGAAGACACUCUCAUCCGCAUCAUCGUGUGUCGCUCAGAGAUUGAUCUGGACACCAUUAAAGACAUGUACCUGGAGAAAUAUGACGUGUCUCUAAAAGAUGCCAUCAGAUCGGAAUGCAGCGGAGAUUUCAAGCGCCUCCUGUUGGCCAUCCUUCACUGAGAGAAAGAAAAUCUAAGUGCUCAUCAUGGUUACAGAGGCUUUCACUAUUGUCACAAUCAAUGCAAACUAACGUGACUUAUUUUCUGUCCUAUUGUCUACAAAGAUGUUUUCAUAAAACUAAGUUUAAAGUGGAAAAUUAGUAACACAGUCUUCAAAUACAAUAUGUUUAAUAUUAAUGUUUUUUUUUUAAACUGUGAAAUUAUGUAUUACAUAUAGGCCUAUAUUAUGAAGAUGUAUAACAGCACUCAAAAAUCUCAUGAGCAGCUGUCCUCACAAACAGAAACAUGUAUUUGUGUCCAGUUUCUGUGACAUUCCUUGUUCUCGAGGCAAACUUGGCCAGUUGAAUUUGUUUAAGUGGAGUCUUGUGGUUUCCAGGAUUACAAGAUAACAUUGGUGCAUUAUGAUGAUUAGAAGUUGAGAAGUUAGAACACAAAUAAUAUAAAGCCAGCAUUUUUAUGUUCUGUCCAGUAUCAGACGUGAUACGCCGACAGUGUUUUGCCACACUAAAACCUCACAUUGUUCCUGUUUCAAAAUGGGCACGGCACUGUGAAUUCUAAAUAUGUAUGUUAAUGACUUUGUGAAGCAUGUCGAGAAAUGCUAAAAUUACAAUGUGACAUUUACGCUCUGCAAAACAAUUGCUUAUCUAAGAGACUUCCGCAGCCAGUUUGUUCACUUAUGGUAAAAUAUCUGGAUUAUUGAAGCAAGUUUUUACUCACCCAAUUUAUAUGUUGUUGUAACUAACAUAAAAGUAUAUAUAUAUAUAUAUAUAUAUAUAUAUAUAUAUAUAUAUAUAUAUAUAUAUAUAUAUAUAUAUAUACAUUAUUUACAUAGAAUAUUUUAAUAUAACUUACAGUAUAUUUUAAUAUAUCUUUAACACAAGAAUCUCCCAACAAUUAUAUUUUAUCAGAUUAAUAUGAAGAACGUUCCCACAUUCUCUAUACUGUGUAGGACAAUGUGUCAUUCAGUGUAAAUGAAUUGCAGGACACUGUUUAAAUGAAGCAUAGUUUGACAUGAAAUGGAAUCUGAAGUAGUAUGUUCUGUAUUAACACAAUUGUAUUUCACUCUAUGAAGUAAUUAACUGAAUAAACUAAAGCAGCUCAAAGUUA